AUGGGAUUCCUUGAUCCGCGUAAGAAGUUUAUUGCGAAAUCUCUGGAAUUAUGUUUCAAUCUGGAAGACUCAAAUACCACUGUGGUGUAUUCAAACUCAAUUGUCGAAACAUUUUUGAAUACCAGCAAUGCUAAGCUUCUUUUUGUAACGCUUACGGAAGAACAGGAAAUCUUGUUUUGGCUUGAGGUUCCAAAUAUGGAUCAGUAUAAAGUGGCGUAUGCAUUUUUGAAAGCGAUCCCUGAAGAACUAACCGAAGAGAACAUUCACUCAGGGAUCCUAACUGUCUCUGUUAGAGGUUCUGUAUCCCAGAACUUUUACAACGUUAUCGACACUUUGUACGCGCCACUGCUGAUGAAGUAUGAGGAGAAGGCUGUUAACCAAAAUCCACUCCUUCAAACGGCGCUCCAUGAUUUGGUCACUGGACUAUCCAAUCUCGCCAAAUUGCUCAUAUUUGACAUAGCUUCAGAGGCUGAGUUCUGGAAGGCAAAGUCGAGGUCAGUACAAGUUAAGCUCAAUAGGGAUCGGCACGUUGCUGAGACUAUUUACAGACAUCUUAAACCUGCGGCCGACGCUACCCAAAGACUCCAGCUUCAUUGUAACCCAGGAUCUGGGUCAACUGAGUCUGCGGAUCCAUUUGGUUUCCUUGGGCUCCUCACAGAGACCCUAGAAUCAACUGUACUUGACAGUCUUGAUGAUAUCUGGCGGCUUAGUGAAGAAUCUGCUUUCACACCCUACCCGGAGUCUAGAAUGCGCUCUCUCAUAGAAGCAACCACAUGUUGGAUUUGUCGAACUCUCGUUUCGUACCUGAAUGCUCCAAGUGACGGUUCUGGUGUCUCAACAGUUUGGAGCAGGCCAUUCAAACAGGUACUAGAAAUCCGGUGUGUUUACAGCAAAUUAGUGAAGGUGUUUGAUCUUCAAGAACGUGAGCGACUAGGACUACAGCAAAGCUUGGAUGAAUUUCUAUGCAAAGGUUUACUCACCUCUUCGACAAAACCUGGCCUCCAAAAUAGCGCUUUUUACCAGUUUAUAUGCAACCCUUUGGCCUACAGUCCUUGCAAUAUCGAUCACUGGAACGCACUGGUGAGCCUCUUCAAUGAAGGGAUUCGUGUAGCGGAGGUCUCGGCAGUGCCCCAUUUGCAUUUUUCACUAUCCUCCAUCGUGCAAAACUCUGCCGAAAUCGCGAUGGUCGCACCGCAAGUAAUUUUGGAGUUUCAGCGUUACGGUGUGCUUUAUGGAAGACCUGUGAUUGCAAAAGCUCUGCAAGCGGAUCGCGAAGUACUUCUUGGCUUCAUUGAAGUGGGCGAAAAGGCGAUUCGAGAAGAAUUUUCGACUAGACUGAUGGAUUCAUCAGAGAAUAAAUUCAUUGAUCCAACUCAUACGCGCCAUGGAAAGAACAUUCCUGAUCUGGUUGACAGACUUGUUUGGGCCGGUCAAUUGGAGGCCAGAGUUUCAGAGCACCUCAUUCUGACUGACUCGAUCCUCCACGAUCUCACUAAUUAUGGAAGUUUAAAGGAGCAGAAACUUCAAUUGCUCAAGGAUGAGAUAUCCCAAUGGUGUAAGGAUCAGUUCCACAGCUGGUGUCGCCUCACCCAGUUGGCUCUUGACGCCACGGGGAAGGACUGGAGUGCUGAGGAGUUUCUGACAUUUGAUUCUUCCGGUAGCCUCCUGUGCCUCUCCACAACGGAUGGACGUCUACGCGUAGGCUACCCCGAUGGGUUGGUGCGGCUUCAGCGCGAGGUGCGUCUACUGUCUGGCCUCGGUUAUUCUGUGCCCCAGCGCCUCCGCAAGGUCGCCGCUCAGGCCGAGGCUCUCUGUCGGCACGCUAUCGUUCUAAAGCAGGUUGCCCACUUUUACAACUCCAUCGAUAGUGAAAUGUUGCCGUGCCAGCAAGCACUAAUGCUGAAGUCUGCGUUGGCUUUUGAGCACCUUAUCAAAUUCGGUCAUCAAAAGGGCAAAGGUGAUGUUUGCUUUUCAAGCCUGGGAGACCAACUAUGCCGCAUUACCUGGAAUCAGACUGAACAAAUUCCUGCUUUUAUUGCUCUGCUACAGACAACUGCACGAAAUCUGAUGGAAGAGAACAGACAGCUGCGAAAAGUACAUCAAGAGCUAGUUUCUAAAGUAGUAGCACUGAUGGAAGUGGAUUUGUUACGGGAACCAGGGAAGUGGCGUGAGGGGCUAGCAUGGAUGCGAUGUCGCUUAGCAGAAACAGCCAGCACCGGCGGCUACCCAGCAGAUCACAUGCGCCCCUGGCUUGCUCACCUUGAUCGACAGCUCUACAAGGCUCUUAGUGUACAGUACCGUCUAGGGCUUGAGACUCUCAGCCAACGAAUGCCUGCGAUGCACAUCGAACUCAUCUAUCAACACUCCCAACUUUCCUUUCAACCACCCCUCGAAGAGGCAUGUUUACAUUUCAGCUGGACCUUUGAACGGAAUCAUAUAAAAGCGAAGUACUAUCGUGAGAUCCGAAAGUUUAUCGGAAUACCACUGCACUUUAGAGGAAUCUUGGACUAUCAAAAUAAGGAUUUCACUACUGAUACCUCUUGCAUUUUCCCCCUCAUCAUCGAAAAACAUAUGCCGAGAUUUCGGAUGUGCUACCACAGAGCAGAAAUACUCUUUACCCGUUUGCAAGCCGUAAUGGAUUUAUUUCUCACCUGGGUUGCACUGGGUAGCGUUAAUCUUGAGGACCUCGUCGAUGUGCAAUGCCGAGAUCUGGCUGAUUAUGAAAACCUUCUAUUUCGCAUGGUUAAUCCUUACUCUCGUUUCCUUUUUGAUCCUGGUCGGUCGAUCGCUCUCAAGCGUCGAGGGCGCGCUGUGGAGGAACUGCCUAAUGAAGCUAAAAUAGACUGCUUUAUUGUUAAUUGUGUCCCUGCGAAGAAUGGAAUUGAACGGCUUUUGCAGAAUCUAUAUGAAGCCUUGCUAAAUUGCUUAAGGCGUUCAGUACAGGCUGACCUUGUGACUGCUGAUGCUUUCUUAACAGAUGCCCUUGAGAGACUCUCCAUUCGACCCCAAAAUCUGGAAGAGAUGGCAGGUGCGCGGGGAGGACACAGCGUGCUGACCAGAGAGCAGUUACGUCUAGCCGAUCGUCUGGCCUGCAUAGAGAAGAAAGAUAAGCUUCUUCGUCAUGUCUCCGGCUGCGGUGUCGGUUCAUUUAGCACUAUCAAAUCAAAGUGGACAAAAUUCCAACUCAUGAUGGACAGUUUCAAACUCAUGAUGGAUGAGCAAAUGAAUGUUAUGCAAUCGAACCUGGAUUCUCGAGUCAGAGCUUUCGUGGCCCAAGUAGAGCGCUUUUCCGCACGCUGGCAGCACACACAGCCCCCCACUGAUCUACUUGCAUCUGGCGACAGAAAGCAGUGCCUCGCUGCUGUGACAAUCAUAAAAAGUUGGAAAGAGGACUUUGCGGAAAUCGAGAAAGCCUUGAAUGACAUUUCGAUGGACUGUGCGUAUUUCAAAACUCCUUUACCAAACCUCGAUCUAGCCGAAGAACUGCGUUCCAGUUUAGCCAAGGCGGAGAACAUGUGGUCUAUGUAUGAACAGUUUACUCUUGAGCUUCGGGAUCUUGAAAAAGAAAAGUGGAUUGCAUUUAGAAUGGAGCUGUUUCGUCUCAUCGGUUUGUCGCACGAGAUACGCCUAGAGGAAGUUAGCUUUGGUACUAUCCUCUCCGCGGCUCCAUGGAUAGUGGCCAACGCCAGCGCCCUCAAGGCGCUUGCCCAACGCGCUCAAAGCGAGAGGGUGAUGUGCGAGGCGCUGCAGGAACUCGACGUCUGGGCUGCCGGGACGACCUUCCUGCUCACACCCUAUACUGACUGCAGGGGCAAACACCUAAAGCUUAUUAAGGAUUGGCAGGACAUUAUCACGCAAGUCGGAGAUAAGCAGACCUUACUCGCUUCUCUGCAAGGGUCGCCCAGUUUCAAUAGUUUUGCAGACCGCGUGGACGCAUGGGAGAGGCGGCUCGUUGAUCUCGACGCCAGUCUCAGUAGUCUUCAGAUGGUACAGCGGCGUUGGGUUUACCUUGAGCCUAUUUUCGGUGGGGGUGCUUUAAAGGUCGAGACCCCACGGUUCAAUCGAGUUGAUGCAGAUUUUAGGAGCUUGAUGGCUGACAUUGAGUGUGACAGUCGAGUUGUCAGUUUGACUAAGGGACGACGGGAGAACGAACUUCAGGGCGUACUCACAAACAUGCAGAAUCAACUUAUCCGCUGCCAGCGUGCCUUGACUGAAUAUCUUGAAGAGAAGCGAAACCUUUUCCCUCGAUUUUACUUCCUUGGCGACGAUGACCUUCUGGAGGUGCUCGGACAGUCAUCCAACCCCGUCAUCAUUCAGACGCAUCUGCGGAAACUAUUUCAAGCCAUCCAAGAUGCAAAAUUCCUUAAAAUUGAUAAUGGAAUAAAUAUUACUGAUUUUUGCUCACGCGAAGGCGAAUCAGUGCCUAUGAAGAAACCUGUUUUAGUUGACAAUGAAAUUGAAAAAUGGCUUCGGGAGCUUGAAGCAGAAAUGCACUCUACUCUUGGGACCAUGUUUUUCGAUUGCUUGGAGGGUCGUGGUGAACUCCAUGAUUACCCUGGACAAAUACUUGCUCUUCGAGAAUCAGUUAGAUUUUCAGAAAAGGUUGAAAAAGCCAUCAAAACUGGGAAGCUUUCUCUCCUUCUUCGGGAGUUGCAGACUACACUAAAAUCUUACGCUGAAGCAAAUAUAAGAUGCCAGUGGGCUGGAAUGAACUCCGACUCAGGCGACACUUCGCAAAUGCUUUCUCGUGUGUCCUCCGCCAAAUUAUCCACCCUCAUUCUGGAUACAGGCCACAAUAUUAAUGUUGUGAGCCACCUGAUCAGGGAGGUUGCUACCUCUGUGCACGAUUGGACCUGGCAGAAGCAGCUGCGUUUUUACUCUGCUAGAGACGUAGAGGCGACCGCCCCAAAAAUUCGCAUGGCAAACGCUGAAUUUACCUACACUUUUGAGUAUCAGGGCAAUAAUCCUAGACUAGUACAUACACCCUUAACGGACAAGUGCUACCUCACAUUGACACAGGCACUGCAAUCGGGAUUAGGCGGGAACCCCUAUGGACCUGCAGGCACAGGCAAAACUGAGUCAGUGAAGCAAUUAGGCGAACUAUUUGGAAGGCAGGUCCUCGUGUUCAAUUGUGAUGGUGGCAUUGAUGUAGAGUCGAUGGGACGCAUUUUUGUGGGACUGGUGAAAUGCGGAGCUUGGGGAUGCUUCGAUGAAUUUAAUCGUCUAGAAGAAGCUGUGAUGUCUGCUAUAUCAACACAAAUUCAAGUCAUACAGAAUGCCCUUCGUUCAGGCGCGCCAACUGUGGAGCUUUUGGGAAAGUCCAUAAAUCCUAAUCCAACCGCAAGUAUUUUCAUAACGCUGAAUCCGGCAGGGAAAGGUUAUGGUGGACGUCAGAAACUGCCCGGCAAUUUAAAACAGCUCUUCAGACCCGUAUCAAUGACCAAGCCAGACAACGAAUUAAUAGCUGAGACUCUUUUAUUUUCAUAUGGCUUUAGUCAUGGACAUGAACUGGGCAAGAAACUAGUCGCUAUCUUCACUCUCUCUAGCCAAACCCUCUCAGUACAACAGCACUACGACUGGGGCUUGCGAGCCCUAAAAUCUGUGCUGCGACGUGCAGGAAUGCUUCUGCACCAGACAAAGCAAAAAAUGUCCCAAGAGGACUCCUUAUCCGCUGCAAACUUGCCAGAAUCACCUUCGCAACAAUUGGAUUCGUUGGUCGUCGAGACCCAACUGAUUAUCCAGUCUGUGCGGAGUUGCAGCCUAGCAAGGUUAACGCAUUCAGACGCUACUCGUUUUGAGGCCCUUUUGGGCGACGUCUUUCCCAAUUUGAGGCAUCAUGCUGGCGCUCAGGAGGAUGAUUUUACAAAGAAACUCAUUACAGCCAUUCACGAAGUUCUAGCUGAAAAUCAUUUGUAUGCAAUUGAACACCAGGUGAAGAAAACGCUUGAAGUAUACUCUUUGCUAAAUCAGCGAACCGGGGUGGUUGUAGUUGGUCCAUCAGGCUGUGGGAAAUCCACCGUACUUUGCGUUUUAUGGUUGGCUCUACAGAAGAUUGGUGUCCGUGUUAAGCGCUACAUCAUGAAUCCGAAGGCUCUCUCAAGAACUCAUCUGCUUGGGCGUAUCGAUCCCGACACCAGAGAAUGGACUGACGGUGUAUUAACUCGCAGUGCUAGAGACGUAGUUCGAGAACCUUCAGGAACCGUGUCUUGGAUAAUUUGUGAUGGGGACAUUGAUCCUGAGUGGGUCGAGUCGCUGAAUUCGGUACUUGAUGAUAACGGCCUGCUGACACUGCCUAGUGGUGAGCGCAUUCGAUUCGGAAGUAAUGUCAACUUCAUCUUUGAGACACAUGACCUAUCCUGCGCCAGUCCAGCAACUGUCUCACGAAUGGGUAUCGUCUUCAUCAGUGAUGAGAUGCUCGGUGCUGACGCGAUAAUCAAGACCUGGCUCUUAAAGCAACCCAAGGAGCAUAGACAGUUCCUUUCAGAUAUGCUCAAUACAGCAUUCUGUCCAUGCCUUAGUUGGGUUGAAACAAAGAACGAAUAUUUGAUAGAGGCUAGCUAUACGGCGACCAUCCUUAAUGGCCUCUCACAUCUAGUGGGCGCCACUAACCGGGCUAGGUUUGCAGUUGGGCUAAUCCGUGGUCUGGGUUCGAAUUUGCUGGAGCCGGUUAAGAGCCAAUUAGCAGCAAAGGUCUACGAGGCAACAGGUGAAACUCCACCUGAUCCUUCUCAUCCUCUGAAUGUCCGGGUGGAUGAGGAAACAGGAACUCGGCUCGUCGCCUAUUCGGAUGAAAUUUCUUUGGUCGAUAUGGAUUUAGCCAGUUUGCAAGGAACUGAUGAAAUUAACGCGGAGAAUAAGAACUUUAUAGAGGCAAAAUUUGUGCAAGACUUUGCACCUACUCUGCGACCACCACUCGUGAUAUCUGCACACAUUCGCUGUGCUAUUGACGCUUUUCGCUUGUGGCUCGAUGACCCAUCAGCAAAGCAGUCAUUUUUGCUUGUUGGGCCAGAGGGGUGUGGAAAGGGCCUACUCCUUGAGCACUGUCUAUCCGAAAGCAAGGGAAGGGCCCAUGUAAUAGUGUUACAGUGUACUGCGCAGACACGUCCCAGCAAUAUUCUUGAUAAACUGGGCCAGGCUUGCGUCACCGUGACGGGGAGCAGUGUCAUCGGAGCUAGUCGAGUCCUCCGCCCCAAGAAGGGUGAUCGGCUAGUGCUAUUAUUGCGCGACCUCAAUCUGCCCAAACCGGAUAAAUGGGGAUCCUGUGAAGUUGUAGCUUUUCUGCAACAAAUUUUGACGUAUCGAGGCUUCUACGAUGCCAAUUCCUUGGAGUUUAUUGGGAUCGAAGAUAUUCAGAUCAUUGCAACCCUCACACCAAGUUCUCUCUCUGGAGGUUUGGGGCGGUUUCUCCUGUCACCUAGACUGACCUCAAUUCUUCGUAUCGCUUCGAUAACUAAUCCUAGUUCGGACGAGCUUGUUAAGAUUUACAACUGUCUGCUUCAGCAUGUCUUCAAUGUAUCAGUUAAGCCUGCUUUUGAGCUAGCAACCUCAACAUUUAAAGGUAGAGAUUGUUCCAAUCGUCUACAUACCCUAGCUAGCACAAUGGUACAUAUGUGGUCGCAGCUGGAGCAGACCUUCAAAGCCAGUGGGUUUCCUCAUUGUAGUUUCUCUUUAAGGGAUUUGACACACUGGGUGAUUGGAAUGAUGCGUUACAAUCUGGCUCCUGAACCCAUAUCUGGGAACAUGUGGGUAGCAUUCGCUUACGAGGCGCGACGUCUCUUUCGUGAUCGCAUGCCAGGCGAAGAAUACAGGCUGAAAUUCGAUAAAUUAUUUUAUCGUCUUCUAAAUGUAGAUUCUGAGGCAGGCAUCGGAUUUGGUGGUUGGAGUAGUGUUCAGUCAAAAACGCUCUCUGAAUCUUCAUUGGCUGCCAAGUUUGCUUCCGGUGAUCCCAUAGCAGUUGAGUCUGAUGCUGAAAUUGCCGAGGCUUCAAUUAAGAAAGGUCAACAUUGGUUCGUUUCUUCCUGUUUGUUCGAACCUCAUCCGCUAAAAAGCAACAUGAAACCUUGCAAUAAGGUGCUCUCUCUAGUUUCCUACUCCUCGAUGCAUGAAAUAGUUGCCUCGAGCUUAAAACAACUUGCAAGGGAGUCGUAUCCCAAAGCCGAAGAACUGGUUGUCUUCCCUGACUUUUUGGACCUUAUAACGAGAAUAGAUAGAGUUCUCAGCAAACCUCAUGGGAAUUUGUUGCUAGCUGGUCGGUGUGGUAUCGGUAGACGGUCUGCUCUUCGUGUUGUCGUUCACCUUCACCGAUUUCAAUUGUUUACCCCCCGAGCAGGGUCCAACAUUACCAAACGCAACUUCCAAAACGACUUAAAGUCCGCCUGUCAAUCAGCAGCAGUCGAUUGCGUGCCUACUGUUCUUCUCCUAGAAGAUCACCAUUUGGUAAAUGAGAUCAUUUUGGAAGCCAUAAAUAGCAUCCUGUCCAGUGGAGAGGCUCCGGGACUAAUAUCUGUUGAGGAUGUUGAAUCAAUGACCUCAAGCGAAGGUGCCAAUCUUCGAGAUAUAGCUGCAGAAACUAAUUAUGCGGGAACUUUAAUGAGUUUCUUUGCUAAAAGGAUUCGUGCUUAUCUCCAUGUCGUCAUUCUGCUUGACAUUGAGGAAAAGGAAAAUUUGGUUUCAUGCUUACAAGCCAAUCCCUCUUUGUACAAAAACUGUGAAAUCAGUUGGUUGGAUAAGUGGUCAUCUGUGGGACAAUCCAUCCUCCCAAACUUACUGGCCCCAAAUCUAGUAGAGAACCCUCGGAAGACUUCAUUCUCACGAGCAUGUUUGGCGAUUCAUAAUUCUGUUCCAUAUCCAAGGUUGGCUUCACCGAGGCGCUUCAUUUCAAUGUGUACCACCUGUCAGGAUCUCUGUGCACGCAGCAGAAAUCAGUUAGAGUUUCAAAUUACGCGCUUUAGAGCAGGUUUGACAAAGUUAUUUGAAGCUAGACAGCAUGUAAACAAACUGAAAAUGGACGCUGCAAAGCAAGAGCGACUGCUCCAUGAAAGACAAGCGGAAGCUGACAAAGCCCUUUCAGAAAUUAGUUUGGCAAUGCAAGGCGCAGGAAAGCAGAGAGCGGAUAUGGAGGAACUUCAGAAGCGUUCAGUAGUAGAGGCGGCGAGUUUGGAGGGGCGUAAGGCGACAAUAGAUGCCGAGAUGGCGAAAAUCGGUCCGCUACUAAAGGAGGCGCAGGCGGCAGUAGGUAACAUUCGCUCAGAGGCACUGUCGGAAGUGCGAGCACUGCGCGCCCCUCCCGAUGUUAUUCGCGAUAUCCUCGAAGGUGUCCUCCUUCUUAUGGGUGUUCGUGACACUUCUUGGGCUAGUAUGCGUACAUUCCUCGCCCGACGUGGGAUUCAGGAUGAAAUCCGGAACUUUGACGCUCGACGCAUUACGCCUGACUUGAGGCAUAGUGUCGAGGUUCUUCUGAAGAAGAAUGCCGAUUCUUUCAGUCCCAAGUCAGCGCGGCGGGCAUCGGUAGCUGCUGCACCGUUAGCCUCAUGGGUGCAAGCAAAUGUGCAGUAUGCAAGAGUCUUGGAGAAGCUUGCGCCGUUGGAGAGAGAGCAGGCUAGUCUUCAUCACUCCCUUGAAAUUACCCAAGCCGAAGUGCAGCGUCUAACUCGAGAUCUCAACUCCGUGGACGCAAGAGUGGCAAACCUGCAGAGCGUCUUCGAGGUGCAUGCCAAGGCAGCUACAGAUCUUCAAACUGAGCUUGGGAAGGCUAAACAUACUCUCUCAAUUGCUGAAGAUCUUAUUUCUGGGCUGGAAAGCGAGCACGGACGCUGGGAAAAGGAGGUCGACUCCUUAAACGAGCAGUUGAAAGUGCUACCAGUUAUGUCACUCAUGGCUGCUGGCUUCAUUACUUACCUCUCAUCCUGCUCGGAGGAUGUACGUCAAAAUACCAUGGCCAAUUGGUGGCAGCAGCUAGAAGAAUUGGAGUUGCGAUUGUCCGUUGAAGACUGCGCGCAGAAGACAUCGCGCUUCGAUCUUCUGCGCUUUCUGGUAACAGAGAAGGACCGGCUUCAUUGGAAAACACAAGGACUGCCCUCCGACAGUCUUUCAUUGGAAAACGCCGUGGUUAUACUCCGGUCAAACUUAUUCCCCUUCAUUGUUGCUCCUUCUGGAAGUGUUGUCCGAUGGUUAAAGAGUCAACUUGAGGACCAGCAAAUUGAAGUCACUGAUCAGCGGAGUCACAACUUUCCAACCGUACUGGAAUUGGCAAUUCGUUUUGGAAAAGCGCUUGUAGUUCAGGAAAUCGAUCGAAUUGACCCCAUCCUUUUCCCAAUUUUGAGGCGUGAUUUUUCGUUGCAAGAAACUAUAGGUCCACGGAAGACGGUGAAGUUGGGCGAUAAGGAGGUAGACUACAAUGAGAACUUCCGCCUCUUCAUGAUGACUCGAGAGCCCUGGCUUUCGACAAGCUCGGUGCAACCCGGGUGCAUAGCCUCGCUGGUCACCGUGGUGAACUUCCAGACUACGCGCUCCAGUUUGGUGGGUCACCUACUCGAAAUCACCCUCCAACACGAGUGCAGUGAACUUGAGACUCGUCGAUUGGAACUUCUUGAAGGGGAGGAGGUCAAGAAACUUGAGCUUGCACAACUAGAAGAUCAAUUACUUGAGGAGUUGGCGAGUUCUCGCGGGAACAUUUUGGAAAACACGGAUCUUCUUGAUUCUCUCAACAAAACAAAGCACUCAAGCAUCACUGUAGCACAAACUCUCGCUGAAUUCGAACGCCUUCAGGUGGAACUUGAAAAUGAACGGGAUGAAUUUCGAUGUUUAGCAGAAGGCGGAAGCCGUGUAUUCUUUGCUCUAAGUGAUUUGUUGAAAAUCAACAAUAUGUAUCAGUUUAGUCUGAGCAGCUUUACCAACCUCUUUCGCAGAGCUCUUGAAAGUCCAUGUGAGACUACCCUGUCUGUACAAAAAAGAAUGAUGUUUUUUCUGAGACGUCUUGAGGCCCUUGUUGUGGAGCACGUACUGCGAGCCCUCUUCAAGGUGGAUAGACUGACAUUCCUGCUGCAUCUGACCUACUGCUUGCGUCCAUGUGAAGUAAAGGAUGCAGCUGGUCAGCCAAAAUUGUACGAAAAGCUUCGCUUCAAUGAUGCUGAGAUUUGGUCGCACUGGAUGCAUUCAGAGGAUUCUGAAUGUGGUAAAUUACCUGCAGCACUGAGUGACAUUCCACUGGCUCCUCUCCAAACAAUGAUUGUGAUUCAGACACUUCAACCCACUGCACUUUACCGAACGAUGAAUGAGUUUACAAAGAAGGCCCUUGGUUUACCACACCUCUCCCCCUCGGGCAUCAGCCUUCUUCGUCUCUUUACCGUUGAAACUAGUCCACGGGAGCCAGUCCUACUAGUUACUAGUCCUGGAGCCGAUCCUUCGCAAGAAUUAGCCGACGCCGCAGCCGCCGCCUCCGCUGCCAGUGGCGGUACGAUAGGGUGUAACUACCAUGAGGUUGCUAUGGGACAGGGUCAGUUAGAAAUCGCGUUGUCCGAGAUCUCUGCAGCCGCCCAGUCAGGCGGGUGGGUAUGCCUAAAGAAUCUCCAUCUUGUCACUCACUGGCUUCCAGUGCUCGAGAAACACAUAAAUCUACUGAUAAGUGCUGAUUGCGAGAUGGAGGAAGUAGCAGCUAGGACACAGCGGCACCUCCACCCUCACUUCCGCUUGUGGCUAACCACGGAGCCACAUGACAACUUUCCCUCCACCCUUCUUCAGUCCUGCCUUAAAGUAGCUUAUGAGGCACCACCGGGACUGAAAAAUAAUCUAAAGCGGACAUAUGAGAGCUGGCAUCCCGAUUUCUUUGCAAAGAGUGGGUCUCUAACGCGCACUACAGCUCUCGCUUGUCUGGCCUGGUUCCAUGCUGUUCUCCAAGAGCGACGUAGCUUCAUUCCACAGAGUUGGACGAAGUUCUACGAGUUCACCUCUGUUGACGUUCGGGCUGCAGCAAGCACACUUGAUCGGCUCAUUACACCUGCUGUCUCCGCUGUGCCCACAUCGGCCAUCUGGCCGACCGUGAGGGGGCUGCUUGGCAGUGCCAUCUACGGCGGACGCAUGGACAAUGCAUUCGAUUUCAGCGUGCUCAAGUCAUUUCUUAAUUGCAUUUUUAGCGAUUCAACCCUGAGUCUGCGACAGUUGGGCUCACUGAAAUUGCCGAACACGACUAAUUUGAAGGAUUACGUAACUGCCAUUGAUCAACUCUCCGAUAUGGACGAUCCGCACGAUCUUGGACUACCAGCAAAUAUAAAUAAGACGGCUCAACUUGCCGCAGCAGCGAACGUACUUGGACAACUGCGCCUUCUUCAAAGCCAUGUUGGUUCUUCGCACGAAAGUGAUCGGAGUCUCUGGGCAGAGGAGCUCAAUCCCAUCCUUGGUCUUUGGAGGAAAAUCAACGCGGACGGAGCUCUUUUACCAAGCAGAGAUAAACGUCUGAGAGACAUGCUGGUGAGGGUGGAGGAGAAAUCACUGCACGAUGCCAAGGAGUCUCCGGUGCUCUCGUUUCUUCACCGCGAAAUGACCAGUGCUCUUGACCUCAUCGCCAGGAUUCACAGUAAUCUAGGAUCAUUGGCAAAAUUCCUACGUGGAACCCAGGUUCUCUCACAAGAACUGUACGUGGUAGUUUGUUCACUUCUCCAGAGCAAGACACCUGCUGCUUGGUUAGCCAUGUGGAACACGGGACCAGAGGACAGUUAUUCCUUCAUCCGAUCCGCUGUUGCAAAAACACAGGCUCUACAGAAAUGGCUGCUUCGUUCCGAAUCAUUGCCUCGGUUUUUUUCUCCUGAAGUAAAUUGCAAUCUUGCUGAUUUCUUCAAUCCUGCCAUCUUUCUCAACGCUCUGCGACAGCAGACGGCUCGCCACCUUCAGUUGGCAAUUGAUCAACUAAAGCUUGUAUCGAAGUGGCCCAGCCUUCAGCGAGAACUUGAGAGCUAUUCUGGCAGUGACUUUCUUGCAAUCUCCAAUCUGCAGCUAGAGGGAGCUCUUUUCAAAGAUGGAAGGCUAACUGAAUGCCACGCAACAUCUCCGGCUGUUUCGGCACUACCUGAUAUACAAAUCGCAUGGAGGCCAUGUUGUCCCCUUUGUCUGGAACCCAUGGAUUCCGAUGAUGUAUCGUUCUUCCCAUGCCCCUGUCUCUACCAGCCUUACGACCCGGAUGCACCCGCCGUUCGAGUUCCGCAAACAUCGACAGGUGAAUCUAAGCGAAAGCCUAUGAAAAGGAAAAAGGAGGUAUUGAACAAACCGCAGAUUUCCAAAGAAACGUUUAAGCUCCUGCCAGAGCUCAGGGUUAUUCAAACAAAUCUAGUUUUUGUAGUUGGUUUGCCUCAGUGGAUAUCGAAGGACAAGGAAAUUCUGAAGGGUCCUCAAUAUUUUGGUCAGUUUGGUAAAGUGUACAAGGUCGAAGUUAACGCCAAUCAAACAUUUACCGGUCCACAAGGUCAACCGAGCAUUAGUGCUUACAUCACUUAUGAUCGCUCAGAGGAUGCAAUGCGAGCCGUUCUCACAUUAGACCAAUCUAUGAUGCACGGUCGACAGUUGCGUGUGUCUCUAGGAACCACAAAGUACUGCAGCCAAUUCCUUCGUGGCCAUAAAUGUAAUAAGCAUGAGUGUAUGUACCUUCAUGGCUUGGGCGACCCGAAAGCUAGUUUUACGAAGGAGCAGAUGCACGCCGGGAAACACACAGAAUAUAUGAAAGCACUCCUAGAUGAGUUUGUCGCUAAUCAAGCGGCAACGGCCACCACUGGCUGCGGAACUAAUCCUGAAGUGGGUAUCUGCGAUACCAGUAGCGGCAACACCGUACAGAAUCAGGAGUCAACUGUCGUUGCAUCAGAUUCUAGAGCUACCUCUGUCACUGUCACCGAUGCUCUUCGGUCGUCAGAAAGGGAUCCAAUUGCUAUCGUUCGGAGUGGAGAGCCUCAGUCUGCAAACGAUCACGUUGUACCUUCUUACUCCUCCUCUUCUUGUAUAUCCUCUUAUGAGAGUUCCAAAGGCCUCUUUUACUCCCAACGCCACGUAGAUCCGAAUCAUCAAGGCCUCGACUGUGGCAGUUGCGGCAGUAGCACCAACAUGAACGCCUUUCCCGACAUAGACUUUGAUCCAAUCCGCGAAUCACAAGUUGGACUGGCGGAGUUGAUGGCGUCCGAGCAGCCUCCUCAGCCGCAGGUAUCUCUUGCCACUCAGACUUUUCCUCCCUCCUUACCUCUAAUGUUCACACCACCACCCGGUUUUGAGAAUUCGCCUGCGGCUGCUCCGGAAGAUAUAGCUUCCCUCAUUGCGGCUACCUCCCAGAGUAGGAAUUUCUUUGACUCUGUAUACAGUCCUUUCGCCCAAAUAGCUGCGGCUGCGGCGCUGGCCCAUCAGAAUCAACAACAGCCACAGCACUGGACUGCCUUCAAUGGAGCAGCAGACUUGGAGUUUUUGACUCACUUAUUGAGGCAGGCUAUGCAAAUUGAUGGGGGUCAGCAUUCUCAGUCUGCACAGCCUUCGACGUCGAUGGGUAGUCCUAGUGGUGGUGGCACCGAUGAUUUCAAAUGCUAUACUGCUCCCUCCACAUCGGCUACUGCUACAACCCUAGGUGUACGUUUCGUUUCUUUUAUCCAUCCAUUUGUUUAG